AUCGCUGUCCAGUACCUCCAUAAACACAUCCUGCACAGAGACCUGAAGACUCAGAAUAUAUUCCUGACGAAAACUAAUGUGGUGAAGGUUGGUGACUUCGGCAUCUCCAGGUUCCUGAGAGAUAAACAGGACUUAGCAACCACUGCUAUAGGUACUCCUUACUACCUGUCUCCUGAGAUAUGCCAGCGGCGGCCGUACAAUCAGAAGUCAGACAUGUGGGCUGUGGGCUGCGUCUUGUACGAGUUGUGUGCCCUGACGCACCCCUUCCAGGCAAACUGCUUUGAUGAACUCCUAAUCAACAUUCUCAGCGGUGUCUACAAGCCUCUACCACCGAAAUCGUCUAUUCUCCUGCAGGGGCUCACGAAGGUGUUGCUUAGGACGAAGCCUGAGCGACGCCCCUCAGCUGACGCUCUCCUCCUCCUGCCAGCCCUCCAGCCUUAUGUUGAGAUUUAUCUCAUUAAGCACGAGGGUAUAAUAGCCCCUCGCAGCAGGCAACAUCGGGAAACACGGUCAAGAACACAAGGACGCAGUCAAGAGGGACGGCGUGGCUCUUGA